AUGGCCGACAAUUCUCAAGGGACAGCCAGUCCUAAGAAUGAGCAAAUCUACCCAGAAACAGGCGAAGACGCCGAGACGCGCGCUGCCCGCCGAGAACUGAAACAGUCCUCCAUAUCUGACCCUCCUGCUGCCGCUCGUGACCUCGGAUCCGAUCCCGUAGAUGAGGGAGCGGCACGCCCCGAUACGCCAACCGACCAAGUAUCCGAUGGCCAAGAUGAUAGAUUCAAGGAGCAUGUGCCGUCUCCAAAGAAGAAACGCGCACACGACCAGUUAGAUGGAAGCAUAGACGUCGAAAAUAACGAUACCAACAGUGUUACAUCUACAGAAUCUACCAGAGAUCGAGCUUCCCGAUUAGAGCCAGAAAAAAAACGACAUCGUGAUGAGGACUCAACGAGAGAGGUAUCGGUAUGUGAUCUCUGCCCCUUUGCAUCUCGCAUAUCUAACGCAUGGCUACAUAGAACUCCUCCCACAGAUGAUGCAGCAAACUCCAAAACUUCCCCAGCCAAAGUUUUGCCCCAAACGUCUUCCAGCGCUUUUUCAGCCUCAGGCUUCGGCAAACUUGCUACUGGAUCCUCGCCAUUUGCGAGUUUGGGCACAACCCAGAGCAGUAUCUUUGCUUCUCCAGCUGCUGCGUCGACUUUACCACCAGCCUCUGUGUUCAGCGCCCCGGGGUCACAGCUUCCGCCGUCUACUAUGCCUAAAUUGACUUUUGGAAGUUCUAACAGUGCUUCGCCUUUCGCUAGCCUUGCUUCAGGGAUUAAUGGAGCUGGACUUGGCUCUCCGUUCUCAGCCAGCAAAGGUCUGGACAGCUUCGCAUCACCCAUAGUCAAACAAGUUCAGAGUGAAAAGCCUGCAAAGCCGUUUGGUGCUCCAGAGAGUGAUGAAGAGAGUGGAGAUGAAGAAGACGCAGAUGCAGAUGAUGAACCUGAGCCGAGUGAACAAGAGGGGGCUACAUCACUAGAGAAAGAAUUGGAGGAGAAGAAGAAGAUCAAACUUCAUAAAGUCGAAGUUGAUGAUGGCGAAGCAGGUGAAACAACCCUGCUUUCUGUCAGAACAAAGCUAUUCUACCAUGACAAAGAGGCGGGCUGGAAGGAACGAGGCGCUGGGAUGUUGAAAAUCAAUGUUCCGCAAGGCUGCGUUGAAUUUGAUGAAAAUGGAUCACCUGUUCUUGGAUCAUUUGAUGCGUCCAGUCUUGAAGCUGAUGAAGAGGGGGGUGAUAAGACACAAGGUCACAAAGUUGUCCGUCUUCUUAUGCGCCAAGAUCAGACACACCGUGUGAUUCUCAAUACCGCCAUUCUCCCGGCUAUGAACUUCCAAGAAAAGGCAUCCCUCAAAUCUGUGGGAAUACUGUUUACCGCAUUUGAGGGUGAGCAGGCGAAGCCUGUGAGCAUCACAUUGAGGGGAUACUCUAGACAUGUCAAAUGGGACGAAUUUGACGGCGGACAUUUGAAAACUGGGUCUUCCGGUUCCCAUCUAUCAAGUCCAACCAUGGAGGAUAACGCGACGCUGCAUCCAGCUCCAGAUGGGUCGAAAUCUUUGGUCGCGCGGAAGCGCAUCCAUGAGGAUACUUCUCCCGUAGGCGAAGACACACGCCGUGAUACCUCUGCUACUGUCACGAAGAAGCCAAGGGCGAAAAGACGAGUCGCUCCAAAGAGGGAGGACCGCAAAGACGACUCAGCGAGCUCUAUUCCAUCAAAUAUUCCUUGGAGUGAUACUUUUCGUGACCUUGAAAAGGCUCAUAAAGCAUUGAAUUUGGUCUAUACAUUUUGCUCAUCACGCAAACAUGUCAUCACGACAUUUGACACCCUUAAAUCAGCCGUUGAAUGCCACAUAAAAAGGGCUCUAUCUAUUGAGGAUGUAGCUCAAAUGGUUGCCCUUCGCCCAGAAGCCAUGAAGUUUGAAUACACCAAUGAACUCAUGCUGCAACUCAACACCAGAGGCGCUCAAAGGGACGACGUCUUCAAGUCGUCGCAAUCUGCAAUGUCGCAAGCGCCAGCACAUGAUUCGUCUGUCGGUGGACUGACGGGAAACGAACGUCUUGGCGAUGGUACCAACGAUCAAGCUGCUUCGCAUGGGCAAGAAGUGCUAUACCUGGAAUUCACCGAUGGCGAUUUAAAGCGACAGGUGUUAGAUAGAGAGACGGGUGAAGCGACACGGCCAACCACAAAACUAAGAAAUGAGAAACUGAAAAUGCCAGUAUACGGUCAAAAGCAGAUGAUGCAGCUGAUCGAACGCCGCAACCAAAAGUUUGCGAAUUCUAUCAAUGAAUUCCUCAAGAGCUGUAUAAACGAUGUUGUUGAUCCAGAGGAGGCUUUACGUCAAAAGGCUAAGGCCUGUAUUCCCAAACCGGCGUUACAAGACACCGACGCAAACAGGCUCACAGCAAGUGCUAUACCUGAUGCCAUCCCUCACGAAAGGGGGAGUAUAUCAGAAAUAGUGCUCCAAAUCAAACAAAGCCCGUGGUACUCAGGCCAGAUUGUACCUGAUGGCCAUAGAGUAUUUGAACCCCAGGAUCCCAGCUAUGGAAGUCUCAAUUUUUUGCUAUCUCAAAAUCUAGUGAAUGCCCUCUAUAAUGCUAAACGGAUCACCCAAUUUUACACGCAUCAAGCCGAGGCUCUGAAUAGUCUUUACGAGGGCCAAAAUAUCGUUAUAUCGACCUCAACCAGCUCUGGGAAGUCAUUGGUCUACCAACUGCCAGUCUUACACGCCUUAGAACGGGACAAAAGCUCGAGAGCCAUGUAUAUAUUCCCAACCAAAGCACUUGCGCAGGAUCAAAAACGCAGUCUCGGCGAUCUUUUGGCAUUCAUGCCAAAUCUUAGCGAUGUUCUCGUAGAUACAUUUGAUGGAGAUACCCCCAUGAGCCUCAGGGAAAUUAUUCGAAAUGAGGCAAAAAUCAUCUUCACCAACCCAGAUAUGCUUCACCUGACGAUAUUGCCUCAGGAGCAGAGGUGGAGGACUUUUCUUAAACAUUUGAGAUUUGUGGUUGUUGACGAAUUACAUUACUACAAUGGUCAACUCGGAUCUCAUGUCGCAUUUAUUAUGCGAAGGCUAAGAAGGAUAUGCGAAGCAGUAGGAAAUCGACACGUCCAGUUCAUUUCUUGCUCAGCUACCGUAGCCAAUCCCGAAGAGCAUUUUAAACUGAUAUUUGGAGUUUCGAAUGUCCAUCUAAUUGACUGGGAUGGGUCCCCAUCUGGGCGAAAGGAGUUCCUUUGCUGGAACACCCCUUUCAGAGAGCCCGGCGAUCCCACCAGCGGACGAGGAAACACCAAAUUUGAAUGCGCUCGUUUAUUCUGCGCUCUCCUGUUAAGAGGUGUCAGGAUUAUUGCCUUCUGUAGGGUUCGUGCCCAAUGUGAAGUCUUGACCAGUGCAAUCAAGCAAGAGCUGCGCGAACUUGGUCGCCCUGAAUGCACCAACUUGGUAAUGGGCUAUCGUGGUGGCUAUACGGCCCGGGACAGGCGGAAAAUCGAGGCGGAGAUGUUCGAGGGAAAGUUGCUGGGCAUUGUUGCGACCACUGCACUGGAACUCGGCAUUGAUAUUGGCACUCUGGAUUGCGUGUUGACAUGGGGCUUCCCUUAUACUAUUACAAAUUUACGGCAACAGAGUGGUCGAGCUGGACGACGCACCAAAGACUCGUUAUCCAUCUUGGUUGGUGAUAGCUUUCCAACGGAUCAGCAUUAUAUGAACAAUCCCGAUGAGCUCUUUUCAAAGCCCAACUGCGAAUUGCGCGUGGAUUUGGAAAAUAUUCUUCUUCGCGAAGGGCAUAUUCAAUGCGCGGCAUAUGAGAUGCCCAUUCGACAAAAUGAGGAUGUGCAAUAUUUUGGUAAUGACUUGCCCAAGAUUUGCAUCGAAAGGUUGGUGGAAGAUGAAGUAGGAUACUUUCACUGCCAUGACCGCUUCCGCCCCAACCCCGCCCAGUAUGUCGCCAUCCGGGAUACAGAAGAUGAGCACUAUGCCAUCAUUGAUAUAACGAACGGGAAGAAUGAGGUCCUGGAAGAAUUAGAAGCGUCGAGAGCGACUUUCACUAUAUACGAUGGUGCCAUUUUCCUCCAUCAAGGCAACACGUUUCUCAUUCGAGAUUUCUUGCCGGACCAAAAGAUGGCCAAGGUUGAAAGAGUUAAUGUUGAGUGGACGACCAUGCCACGAGAUUACACUGACAUCGAUCCUAUUGAAAUCGAGGCUAUUCGUACUAUCUCCGGAUCACCCUGUCAUGCUUACUACGGAAGCAUAAAGAUCCAACAAACGGUUUUUGGUUUCUUCAAAGUAGACAAGAAAGGACGAAUCAUAGACGCAGUACAGGUCGAUAAUCCGCCUGUCAUACGAUACAGCAAAGGCAUGUGGAUAGAUAUACCUCGACAAGUACUUGGGAUACUACAGGAUCUAGCUCUUAAUGCGGCUGCAGCGAUACAUGCAGCUGAGCAUGUCAUUAUGAGUUUACUGCCCGCAUUUGUUAUCAGUCUUCCAGGAGACAUACGAACGGAGUGCAAAGUGGCUCUUAAGGAAUUUGCCAAGAAGGAAACAAAAAGAAAGCGACCAGCUCGAUUAACAUUUUACGAUGCCAAGGGAGGCAUAAAUGGAUCUGGCGUUAGUACAAAGGCCUUUGAUCAUAUUGAUCAUCUACUGGAGCGUGCACUAAAGAGAGUGGAAGAAUGUACCUGCCAGCAAGGUUGUAUUGAAUGCGUGGCAUCCGAAAUAUGCAAGGAAUCUAAUGAAGUUAUAAGCAAGGUUGGAUGUCUUAUUAUUCUCCGGAGCCUAAUAGGAGCAGAUAUAAGGCUAAAUGACUUACAGCUGGAUUAUAAUAGUAAGUUUUCUAGUACUAGUAUAAUAACUAUUACAGCACCUAUUCCAGUAAAAUUAAAAUAGUAAAUAUUUAU